CUAAAAAUAGUUUUAGCAACCACCUUUCUUAUUUUUCCCAGAUUCGACAUUCGGACAUACUUUAAAUAAUUUUUAUGGUCGCAAGGACAGUUUUUAUAAUCUUUGUUCCCCAUCAUUUCUGUUUUAUAUAGUGCAUAUAUAUAUGCUUUGUUUGGAUUCAAUGAUUUGAUAUAUGAACUGGAGUAAAACGAUAACAAAAGGUUGUUUGCCGACCACGUUUUUCCAAGCUGUUGAGAUUUAUCAGAUCAGAGUUAGAUCACAAGGACAGCACAUUCAAUCAUAUGCAUCUUGAUUGAAUAAGCUUGUCCUCUUAAAUCAGGAGGAAAUGUCGCAGUUCGGAGGGACGAAAAACCCACCAUGGGCAAGACCACAAGCAGUAACAGACUUCACAUCUGUAACAGCGCCAUCAAACAUGAACAGUUUGCCUCAGUCCCAGGUGGCUACUCCUCUCAUGCAGCAGCAACAAGUCCAGCCUAUGUAUGGUAUGGCUAAUGCUGGCCAGAAUGUGGUCAACCCACAGCAAUACACAGCACAACAGCUUCUAGGAUUGCAGGCACAGCAACAAGCAGCAGCUGCGCUCCAGCAACAAGCACAAGUCAUUCCACAGCCAGGUAUUGCCAUUCCGACAACCCUUGCGACUACACAGGUAGCCACAGUCAGCUAUCCAGCUCCCAGAGCAGCAGCUGUUCAGGCCAAUCAACCUAAACAGAGAGUAUUUACUGGCACCAUCACCAAACUGCACGACAACUUUGGAUUUGUGGAUGAAGAUGUGUUCUUUCAGACAAGUUGUGUCAAGGGUUCAGCACCAAAAGUAAACGACAGAGUGCUGGUUGAGGCUAGUUUUAAUGCUAACAUGCCGUUCAAGUGGAAUGCAACUAGAAUUCAAGUUCUACCAAAUCAAGUUGGACCUCAGAACAAUCAUCAAAGUUUAAACAAACCUGUGUUUGGGGUACAGCAAGGGAAUCAAAUGGGAGGAUUUCCAGGUCAACCAGCACCCCAACCAUUGAUGCAGCAAGGAUUUAAUGAAGUUAUGAUGCCAAGAAACCCAGGAAAUACAAAAAGGAAUGACAGAUUUGAAAGAGAUAGAGAUAGGAAGAGGGACAGAGAUAGAAGAGAGAGAAAUGAGAGACCUGCUGCACCCAGAAAGCGUUCAAGGUCAAAAUCUCCAUCCAAGAGACCCGACAGUAACAGUCAUCAGAGAAGUCCAGCCAGAAGACGGCCCAGGAUUGUCCCAAGAUAUGUCGUACAAGUGCCGAAACUCUCAUUUGAUAUGAAAGAAACAAAUGUGGUUUCUUUGAAGUCGAGAUACACUAAUCUGUACAUACCUAGUGACUUCUUCAAUGCCAGUUUUGAGUGGACAGAAGCCUUCCCAUGCUACAGACCUUUCCAGAUUGGAAACCACUGUGGCUUCCAUGUUAUGCACAAAGAUGUGGAACCACUCACUGCCAAUGAUUCAGUUCUGGAUCCACCUGAUGCAGACCACUUGUUUAGUGCUAAGGUGAUGUUGAUGUCAUGCCCCAAUUUAGAAGACUUGUAUCACAAGUCCUGUGCUUUGGCUGAGGACCCCCCAGAGGUACAGGAGGGCUUCGUUCACCCAACCAGACUGAUUCAUUUCUUGGUGGGGCUCAAAGGGAAGAAUGAAACCAUGGCCAUAGGGGGUCCAUGGUCCCCCUCCCUGGAUGGAGCUAACCCACGGGAUGACCCCCAGGUUUUGAUUCGGACAGCUAUUCGGACCACGAAGGCUUUGACCGGCAUUGACCUGACACGCUGCACACAGUGGUACCAGUUUGCUGAGGUGCGAUACCUACGCCAAGAGGAGAUGCACAAGGGCAAAUUGGUCCCAGCCCGUGUUGAAACCACCGUCAUAUUUUUACCUGAUGUGUGGAGCUGUAAUCCGACCCGCCUCGAGUGGGCAACUUUGCAGGCAGCCUAUAAAAAGCAACUCCAGAAAAAAGUAGCAGCCGUGAGCAAAGAGGGAGGCAAAGAGGCAAAUUCACAGGAAGAGGAGGAAGCAGAGGGAGGGACCACUGAAGAGAACAAGGAACCCACACAUCACUCAGAACUUGACCCCAAAACCAUGAAGAUAGUGGAUCUUCGAAAAGAACUGGAAUGUAGGUCAGUGAGUUCGAAAGGCCUGAAGUCCCAGCUGAUUGCUCGCCUGACUAAAGCCCUAAAGACAGAGCAGGAGAAGGAAGAGGAGCAGGAGGCCACAGAGGCGCAACAAGGCUCAGAGGUUAGUGAUGAAGUGAAGAAGAACUUGGAAGCAGCUGAAGAAAAAUCAGAUGAGAAGAAAAAAGAGCAGGAAGAGGAGAAGAAGAAAAAGGAAGAGAGAGAGAAAGCUUCGCUGGAGAGGAAGUACGCCCUGCCAGAUAACCCUGUCAUCAUUGUCCACCCCAACUCGGUGGCCAAGGGUGGGAAGUUUGACUGCUCCCUCAUGUCCCUCAGUGUUCUACUUGACUACAGGCCAGAGGAUAACAAGGAACACUCAUUUGAGGUUUCACUGUUUGCUGAACUCUUCAAUGAAAUGCUGAUGAGGGACUACGGAUUUGAAAUCUACAAGGCUCUCAUGAAGGCCCCAGAGAAGAAGGAGGAAGAAAAGAAAGAAAAGAGAUCAGCAGAUGACAAGUCCAGCAAGGAAGCCAGUUCUGCUAAAAAGAAGAAGACAGAUGAAAAAGAAAAACAGGAAUCCAGCAAAAAGGAUUCAAAAGAAAGUAAAGAUAAAGACAAGAAGAAAGAUGAAGACAAGAAGAAAGAUGAAGACAAGAAAGAUCAAGAAAAGAAGGAUGAUGAAGAGGAAGAUGAGGAAGAAGGGAAGAAGGAUAAAGAUAAGGAUAAGAAGCGAGAGAAGAAGAAAUACCAGACCAGGGAGCCCGCUCUGUUGCUGGCAUUUACUUACUUUGACCAGAAUCACACAGGGUACCUGCUCGACAAGGAUGUAGAGGAAAUCAUCCAUACGAUUGGACUACAGUUGUCACGGGCACAGGUUAAAAAGCUUGUACAGAAAGUGGUGACCAGAGAUGCCCUGAACUAUCGUAAGAUGACAGACAAGACUGUGCCAACACCUGGAGAGAAAGAGGAGGCUGCCCUAGAGGAGAAAGAGUUGAAGGUGGCAGACAUAGUGAAAUUGUCCAAAGGAAAUAGUGAAUACCUUCCUGGUUGCUCAUCCAUAAAAUCAGACUCGGUGGAUGAAAAACAGGAGAAGAAAUCGCCUGUUGCCAAGGAUGCUGAGGGAGCUGAGAGUCACAUGAUCACUUACAAGGGAGCCAUGAUAGAUCUGGAGAGUCUGAUGGCACAGCUAGAGAGGAGCGAGAAGACAAGGGCAGAGAUGGAAAAACAGAUGAUUGAGGUCAACAAGGAGAAAGAUCAAAUGAAGAAGAGCAUUGAUGUCAAAGAUGAGAAGAGUGAGAAACUGUCAACAGAGUUAAAGAACCUGAAACAAAAGCUGUCUGUGCAGGAGAAGAUCACCACCACCUCGGAGUCCACCAGUAAGCGGUACCUGGCGGCGCUGAUGGAUUCCCGGGACCACCUCAACGCCAUGCUGUCCACGGUCACAAACGCCAUCGGUGAGAAAGAGACUGCAGCUACUGAUGCAAAGAAAGAGCCCGAGUCAAAUGGAAACUCAUGAUGCAGGGUUUACAUUUAGACUUCCUAUUUCUUGGUAUUCCGUGUAUAGGGCAGGUCCUAAGAUUUAAUUGCACGCGAGUGCUGUCGAUUUUGAUUGAAUGAAAUAUGUUGUUGCUGGCAGAAAUGUACUAAAUGUGUUCAUGAUACAGGAUUGUAUGUUUGUACAUGUUCCUGUGUGUUUUAAGGCUAAAUUUUUGAUUGAUAGAGCCCUUGAAUUGAUUGAUAAGUAUAGUGUUAUAUUGUUUUAUAUAAUCUUUAAUGGGGGGGGGGGGGGGAUUGAGUGGACAUCAUGCAAAAAAAAAAAAUGCAGUUUUGUUCAUGGCAUCAAGAUCAUUUUAGUUUUACAUUCGUAUGUGUAUGUUAUCAGAAGCAACGAAUUAAUUGAAUAUAUAUACAUGUAUAUUGUGAUUUUUUUUAAAAUAAAAGAUGUACAUUACAGAA